ACUCACUAGCAUAAGCAGUGACUCUAAGCCCAAGCGCAACGUCAUCACAUCUGUGUAACUUUGUAGGAGCAUUGAUUAAGUGGCACACCCUUGGGCAGACAUCAAGAGGGUAUUAAGUCCCAAACCCUCAGAAUCAUUUCUUUUUUCGCUCACUGAAGUGGUUUCAAUUAUCAUGGACCUCCUCCCUCUUUUUUCGGUGGUGUCUCUAUUGUUGUGCAUGUUGGUAUCUGAGGUGUCAGGCUUAAAUGCGUGGGACAGAGCCACUGUUGUCUGUGAAACAGUUGGAAAGAAACAUGUGGUUGAGGAAAAUUCGAACAGAAUCGUGGUGCUUGACUCCCAGUGUAAGUCUGGCGAGGUGGCAUGGCGACUGAGCCAGACCUAUGUCCAGCUACAAAUCAACAAGCCGUCUAGCUUCAGGGUCUGUUUCAGCAGCGCUGCCUUCCCCAGCCUAGAGAAAUACGGAGUCUACAGGAUAACGGACGGGGGGAUGGAAUUUGCUGGCAGUCCCAAUAGAGAUGGCGAUGUGUGUUUGACCUCCCCAGGAACCAGUCUGGACAUAGUUCUAAAAGCACUGGACAUUUUCUAUGUCCUCACGGCCAAGUUCACGAUCAGCUGUCUCUAAGUUCGACAUUGUUAUCUCAUGUUCAUGAAAAUAAGUUCUAUUAAAGAGCCCCU